GGAUUUCGCAGAUUUCAUUUCGCCAUAUAAAACAUAUUUGGUUGUGUUUAUCAUUUAAGCUCACUCCAGGAUUUGGUUAAGGGGACAAGUUCGAGUAUACCCACAGGAGUUUGACUACAGUAGCAUCUAACAGUAGCCACAGUGAACUUCUAAAGAUGGACCGUGAUCCUGACCAUAAAGCCUGGAUGUCGCUUCGUCUAUCUCGUGUACUUGACGAUAUUGGCGUAAACCGCCGGGUGGUGAGGAAAAGGCGAGAAACCUUCCUGCUUAGGGAAGCAGUAGAAACUAUAACGGACAAAAUAUCUGGUCAAAACAGAACGAGCUUCCAUUUCGGCAGCCAGUCAGAGGGAUCUACAACGUUAGGGAUGAAUUCAGAUAUUGAUGUGCUUUCAUGCGAUAAUGAGACCAACAUCAUGUCUGACUGGCCAGACUGGGAGGCCGGGAUGGAUAACUUUCUGAUGGUGAAGGAGGAGUCAACUCCGCCACAGCACUACUGGCUACAGUGGUUCAGACGAGACGCUCCAGAACCUGUCAGAUAUUACGGACAGGAAGUUGGCUUACCACAUGUAGAUGGACGAGUGUUUGCAAGUAAUAAAAUAUGGCAACAUAAAGGUAAACUGUUAUUAGGAAAGGACUUCCGAUGUAAUGGACCUUCAGUAAGUAACUCUGAAGAAUGGGACUAUGUUCCAGCUUACAAAUUUAAAGUCCUCCCUCCGGAAGUUGACCGAUGGUUUCACCGUCCCAGGCGUGGACAUUGGCCUUCACCGGAAAUGAUGCAGGCUGCACGGGAAUGCUCUUGUUUUCUUGUUCCUGAUGGACAUUUCGAGAGUUUGAAUGAAAGCAUUGAAUGGCGAGUAUCACCGAGUCAAAUAGAAAGGAUUCUUGUUUUUAGUUUUACAACAGUGCAAUUAAAAUGCUACGUUGUCUUGAAGAUGAUAAAAAAAUAUAUAAUGGAAAAAUAUUUAAGUCAGCAUAGUAAAUUCACUUCGUUUCAUUGCAAGACAGUUAUGUUCUUUACAAUUGAGAGAAUAUCCCCAGCGGUGUGGAGAGAUGAUCGGCUCAUAGAAUGCAUCGGAUAUUGUUUGCAAACACUGGAAAUUUUCUUAAUGAGAGGUUGUUGUCCACUCUAUAUCAUUCCUGAUGUAAAUCUUUUCGAAGGUAAAAUCACCCGCCGCUACCAACUGUCAUUAAUGGAGAAGAUAAAAAAAAUAUUGAAUAGUAAUCUAAUGAUACUGUACGAUUUACAGUACGAUGUCUUAGGACAAAGGUUUCGCAGCCCUUCCAGCGACAUGUUUGAAAAACGAUCAACAAUACUUAGGAAGAUAAAUAAUGUUUUAGCAAGGGACUUAAUAGAACAGGUUAGUAAAUUGUUUUUAAUAAUGGCGAAUUAUGAGUUAAAUCCUGAAAGGUUUCAGCGGUUAUUUACUGUUUUAUCUAUUAUACCUGAGGAUGAAUACAUAAUGCAUAUAUUAACUCGUUAUGAGCGACGGGCAAUUUCAUUGUUAAAGCCACUCAUUUACUCCUUCGUAGCAUCAGUUGCUUCGUCUUUUAUCAUACAGCAUGAACCUCAAUUCACACAAGAAAUAUUUCAACUAUAUGAAAGUUUUCUUGAUACUGAUCUGACGACCAGCAGAUUGAAACUGGCCUCCAUGUUAUACUGCCGGGGGAAUCUCCUAAGGGCGGCGGACGUGCUGAAUGACGUUGAACGUAGAUAUGACGAUAAUGCGCAUGCUGUGUGUGGGUGUGGGAGAAAGUGGGCAGAUGUUGAGAGGCCUGAGUUAAUAGAUGAUAAUCAAAUUCACGAUUGGAGCUACGGUGAUGCUUUACGUAAAGUUGCUCUUUGCGUAAGAUUUCCCCGUUUGGAAGCAUUCUGUGUUCCUCCUUUUUUAUUAUUUGAAAUGAGCAGGGCUAUGAAUGACGACGUUCAGCACAGAAAAGGUUAUGAACGUAUAUGGAUGGACAUGGGCGUUGUAGACUCUAAGCCAUACCUCUUCUAUCUGCAGUAUCUUACCUAUGGUGGCAUGGGAAUCCGCCUAAGACAGCUUAAUGCAUUACGAAACUUAGCGAACUGUUUUAGUAGCUUCGAAGAAUUUGGAAACCUGUACCACUUUGAGACUGCUUUCAACCUGUGGGGCCACUGCUGGGAGAUGGAGGGAGACCCGGCAAAGGCGCUAAUAUUUCACACGGCGUCAAUUAUUGCCCAGCCGAGAAACAACGCAGCCAACUGGCAUAUCAGAAGACUGACGGGCAAUGUUUAGGAAGUGCGAUGAAUUGAUAGUGGCACAAUUAUGCAAGUUAUUUCAAGUAUUUGACCAGUUAACAAUACCAUUUUGCAUAUUGGUGCAUGUUCUAUGUUUUUUUAAUUGUCAGUUUAAUAAAUAUAUGUGCGAUAAAUGAAUAUAAAGAGAA